AUGAAAGAAUAUGGAACGAAGGAUUCAUGGGCUAAAUUGUUCUUUCUCAUCCAACGCACUGAUAUAUUUCCUCUAGCAACAUCUUCAGAUGAUAAAGAUGAUCAUGCCAAGAUUCUCCUGGCACUACCACGUGUGAAUAAGCUCGUCUGGUAUGAUCUAAAGAGGGAAGAACGCGAUUUUGGUAACAGUCUGAAACUUCCAUAUAGAUCAGACAUCUUCAAUUUCGUGGAAAGCCUUGUAUCUCCCUCCAAUGGUGGAAGCUGA